AUGAACCCGUCACCAAAUGUGCGGACGCAAAAAGUGUCAAUAUAUCCAGAAAAGACCCUGGUCACUACCCUAAACACUCCACAUGUUAGCAUUUGUAAUUUGACUGAGCAAGAUCAAUUGAAAACUUUUAUCGGCUAUUACAUAGAGUAUUAUAAUCAAGAGUAUUGUCAGGAAUAUGAAUACCACGACAAAGAGUGGAAGUGUUUUAGCAAUGGUUGGGUCACUAAUACCCCGGACUACUCGCAGUCCACACCUGAAUACACUGCCACACGUCGACCACAUCCCGAUCCGGACGACUCGCACACUAUCAACAAAGUUAUUGUAAAGGAACUAUAAUUGUACUAGAUUUAGUAAAUAUAAAUUAUACUGGCACAUCAAAUAAUAUUGUU